CUUUGGAACCUGGCGCGGGAUUGCCUCGCUCCGGCUUCACUUUGUUCGGCUUGGCGGCGGCUCUGCUCCUUCCCUCCGCUUCUCCGGGACCUCCUCCGUGCCUCAGGCGGCCCUCCUGCCUGGGACGGUCGCCUAGCCGCCUUUGCUGGUCUUGGGACCUGUCGGGGCGCCCCUUUGCAACCCUUCUUCCCCUGAACGAGGGGCGCUUUUUGGAAGGAAAAAGGAGGCAAAGAAGCCCAGAGGGAGUUGAGAUCAGAAUGAAUGGGCAUAUUUCAAACCCACAUCCCAGUGCAUACGGAAACUACUCUUCCCAAGUAAAUGGAUACGGGUCACCAACAUUUUCUCAAGGAGACAGGGACCAGAAUUCGAAGACAAGCGCAAAAGCUUUGUAUGGAGCAGAUGGAUUUUAUUUCUUCCGAUCGUCAUCCAAGCAAAAAAACAAGAAAGAGCAAAGAAAGAAUUAUGCACGUGACAGUAUCAGCAGCAUAUCUGAGACGUCACAGUACCAUGUGGAGCACUUGACUACUUUUGUUCUGGAUCGAAAAGAAGCCAUGAUCACAGUCGAUGAUGGCAUAAGGAAGCUGAAACUGCUGGAUGCUAAAGGCAAGGUGUGGACGCAAGAUAUGAUUCUCCAAGUGGAUGACAAAGCCGUCAGCCUGGUAGACUUGGAAUCAAAGAAUGAACUGGAGAACUUCCCUCUGAGCACAAUCCAGCACUGCCAAGCUGUGAUGAACUCAUGCAACUAUGACUCCAUCCUUGCCUUAGUGUGCAAAGAGCCAGCCCAGAGCAAAGCGGAUCUUCAUCUUUUCCAGUGUGAUGAGGUUAAGGCAAACUUUGUCCAUGAAGAUAUUGACAGUGCAAUCAGUGAUAGCAAAGGAGGAAAGCCAAAGAGGAGACUUGAAACACUCAGGAUGAUUUCUAAAGCUGACAGCACCAUUCCUCCGCCUCCGAGAGCGCCCGCUCCUGUCCCCCCAGGUACCGUCACGCAGGUGGAUGUCAGAAGCCGGGUAGCAGCGUGGUCUGCUUGGGCAGCCGAACAAGGAGACUUUGAGAAACCCAGGCAAUUCCAUGAGCAUGAAGAGACAGCUGAAACUAUGGCAGCCAAGAUUGACAGAGAUGUUCAAAUCCUAAAUCAUAUUUUGGAUGACAUUGAAUAUUUUGUUACCAAACUUCAAAAAGCAGCAGAAGCCUUUGCAGAGCUUUCAAAAAGAAAGAAAACUAAGAAAAAUAAAAAGAAAGGACCAGGUGAGGGUGUCCUCACUCUCCGUGCAAAGCCUCCAUCUCCAGAUGAAUUUGUGGACUGUUUGCAGAAAUUUAAACAUGGGUUCAACCUUCUGGCGAAAUUAAAAGCACACAUCCAGAAUCCUAGCGCACCUGAAUUGAUUCAUUUUCUGUUUACUCCUUUAAACAUGGUGGUACAAGCGACAGGCGGCCCAGAACUUGCAAGUACAGUCCUUAGUCCCCUCUUAACAAAGGAUACCAUAGAUUUUUUACGCUAUACCGUUACAAGUGAAGAAGGGCAGCUAUGGAUGUCACUAGGUGACACGUGGACCAAAGCCAGAGCAGAGUGGCCCAAAGAACAGUUCAUCCCGCCCUACGUGCCCCGGUUCAGAAAUGGCUGGGAGCCUCCUUUGCUGAGUUUCCUGGGAGCCCCGAAGGAACAGGAGCUCAACCAGUUAGCAGAGUCUGUGGCCAACGUGGCUGAGCAGCAGCGGAAGCAAGAGAUGAAACGGUUAUCAACUGAGCAUUCCAGUAUCUCAGAUUAUCCUCCGCCUGAAGGGUAUGCAUUCAGUAACACAGCUUACAAAAGAGGGCCCCUGCCGGACCAGGGGACGGCCGUAGCUGCUUUUAAGCAAAGUGUUAGCCGACAUGUAGAUAGAAAUUAUGAAGCACAUAAAAACCCAUCCAAGAAAUAUGCCAAAACCAACUAUGACUUUGUGGGAAGAAACCAGAGUGAACUUUCUGUCUUGAAGGAUGAGAUUUUAGAGAUCCUUGAUGACAGGAAGCAAUGGUGGAAAGUCCAAAAUGCAAACGGAGUCACGGGAUUUGUGCCAAACAACAUCUUGGAGCCUCUCCGAACUCAGGAACCUGGUGCUGCAGAAAUGCCUUAUACACAUACUAUACAGAAACAAAGGAUGGACUUUAUUCCAAAGCAAUCUGACCCUGCGCCUGUUGCUCCGUCACCACCCCAGACACCAAUUCCAGUUCCUCUCCCUCCCAGCAUUCCAGCUCCUAUCCCCGUUCCUGUGCCAAAGGUACCUGGAGCCAUCAGCCGCCAGAGCAGCACGUCAAGUGAUGGUGGGCGAGAUGCACAGAGACAAAGGCCACCCCCUAUAGAUCGAAGGAAAUCUCAAAUGGAGGAAGUCCAGGAUGAACUCAUUCACCGGCUCACCAUAGGACGGAGUGCUGCCCAAAAGAAAUUCCACGUGCCACGCUCCAAUGCCCCAGUAGUCAACGUCAGCUAUGAAUCCUCACCAGAAGAUGUGAAAAUGUGGCUACAGGCCAAAGGAUUCAACCCAGUGACUGUCAACAGCCUUGGAGUUUUGACUGGUGCUCAGCUGUUCUCUCUCAACAAAGAUGAGUUAAAAUCAGUGUGCCCUGAAGGAGCCCGGGUCUACAGCCAAAUUACUGUUCAGAAAGCUGCACUGGAGGCUAUCAGUGGAAGUUCUGAAUUGCAAGAGAUCAUGAGGAGACGGCAAGAGAAACUCAGCGCAGCCGCAACAGACUCAGGAGUAGAGUCCUUUGAUGAGAGCAGUGGUCAUUAAAUGUCUUUUCUAUGUUUUGUUAUUGUUUUAAGAGUGUGUGUGAGAGAGUGAGCCCAUCGUUCUUGGCAUUGUUCCAUCGCACUAUGUUUUAGGAAGCCAUGAAAGGGAAAUGUCUGACUGGUUGCUGUUAUUUAUGUAGAUACAAAUUGAUGCCAUAAAGAAAGCAUGCAGUUGGGAUGUAAAAGGAAGGGAGGGUGAGGCAGGGCUACUGCUACCCCAUUCCCCCCCUUAAUUUAAAAGUAUAUUUAAGGCAGAAUUAUCCAGGAGUCCUGAACCAGUCCUCCUGAGGCUGGUGUGUGAAAACAAUCAUUUCAUGAUAAUUUUUUUUCUUUUCAGUGGGAAAGAGAAAUCCCACUACUGCUUUUGAGCCAUUCAGACACUGAACUGGCCGGUUAAAAACAUGCUGAAGUCUUUGGACUGGUUGUGAACAUAAAGGGCAUGUGGGAUCUAGCCAAAGUAGUCCCAUUGAUUGAAAGGGGAAUUGACCAUAUUCUUAACACUCUGCCUUUGGGAAUCCAAAGGGGUUCACUGUGACUACAGCUCCUCACAUUCCUUCCAUCAGCGUAGUCCAUAGUGACGGCCUCUUUCCAGUAUCCCCAUAUGAAUGGGGCAGUGAAUUCACUCUGGCUUUGUGUGAGAACUUGAUAUGAGCUAUCCAAAGCAAUGAACUAAUUUGAGUGAGAUGGCUCAGUGCUAAGGAAACCUCCUUUCCUCUUCAAACUGAAACCUGAAGCUAGUUCACCAUCCCGCUUUACAUGGAGGGGCCAGUCAAGAGCUCCUCUUCCUCCCAUUUUCAGCACUUAGGGCCCAUCUACUUGGGUCAAAUCAAUUGACUUGGGAGUGAAUGGACUCCAAAGCCUCCACAUGAUGCACAGAGUCCAUUAACCUUAACGUGGCCUUCUCCCACGUUAAAAAAAUCAUGGGAUGCCCCAGAGCUUCCUUAUGCUUUCCAGAGUUAUUUAAAAGUUCCUGAUUGCCAAGAGGCUUUGUGGUUUUGGGAUCAUCCACAGUCCUGCUCUUAACAUAAGCACAGACUAAUUUCUUUGGACAGCAUCGUGAAAUGAUUUCUUAGUGGCAAUGUAGAUAGCAAAAUAAUUUAUUCUGAAUUCCAAUUUUAUUGCUGUUCCACUGAGAAUAAGCACAAAUCAAUAAAGCCACCAAACAUGGAAGCAAUAGCACAAAUGUCAGUUUUUAAAAAGAAGGAGCAAUUGGACCUUCUUUUGGGGAUAUCCCUGUGGUUAUUCACAGUAUUAUUUCUUACGAGUAUUGUCUUUGUUUUCUGUUGGUUUUCUGCUUUAACUUCACUGGUCAAAAGGAAAGGAUAGCCCGAUUUUUGCAGGUUUAAACAGGAAUGGUGUUAUAAGUGUUUCAAAAAUAUUUGAGAAAAUGGAGUGAUAAUUUCAACCUGAAAUCUUUUAAACUAUGGCCAAGCCAAGCAUAGAAAAAAAUAACCCAAUAAGCAUAUUCUUCUUUUGGAUUCAUGAUGAUUUCUUAUUUUCUCCACACGAAAUGUUCUACUCUGUCAUUUGUAUAUAAAGGCAUCAAAAUCCCAUCAUGUCAUUUAGGAUAAAUUAAUCAUCUAGUUUUAUUAAUUUUCAUGGUGCCUUUUUUCACACAACUCGGCCGAUAGUCUGCAAUAAACACUAUUUGAUGUAUAUAA